CUCACCAACAACAUCUUCCAACCCUGCUCUGCAAUCGAAUCUUAUUCACUUCUAAUAACUCUACUAUUAAUACCAACCCUCACGAUGCACAUCACUGCCGGUGCCAUGGCCUUCUUUUUGGCCGUGGCCAGUGCCCUGCCCGUGGCCAACCCAGAAGCGCAACCCGAAGCGUCACCUGAUACCACCGCAGCCCAGGUUACUGAGUACAGUGACUAUGGACGGUACGGCGAGUACGGUUCCUACAAACGCGACGAAGGCUCGGCAGAAGUGAGCAAGUAUGAUGAUUAUGGUGACUAUGGAAAGUACGGAGACUACGGCCACUACCGUCGUGACGAUGCUGCUGCCGAAAUUGGCACAUAUGAUGACUACGGCCACUAUCGCCGUGACGAUGCUGCUGCCGAAAUUGGCACAUAUGAUGACUACGGCCACUAUCGCCGUGACGAGGCUGCUGCUCAGGUCAGCAAAUAUGACGACUAUGGAAAGUAUGGAGACUACGGCCACUACCGACGUGGUGACGACGCCGCCGAAGUCAGCAAAUACGACGACUACGGCAAGUAUGGCGACUACGGAAACUACGGAAAAUACACAGAGUACAAGUAAGCAUGUCUACUGAUCGUCAAUGCAAUGAGGGGUGGCUUAGGGUUGCACAAAUGCCUCUUUGGGCUUAUCGCGACUAGUAAAUAAUCAGGAAUGCGGAGGCAUCGUAAGCGGUUUUUUUGUUUUUUUUUUUUUUGUUUU